UUUUUUAAAGUGCAGCCGGAGGCCAGUCUGUAUCGGCCAGCACCUCUGUCUGGUGCGAUCCCCUCUGUCCCAGCCGCAAGCGCCCCCAGUGCCACACCAAUCCGGCCCAGGCCAAGACAGCCUGCACCAUGCCUGUCAAAGGAGGUACCAAGUGCAUCAAAUACCUGCUCUUCGGAUUUAACUUCAUCUUUUGGUUGGCCGGGAUUGCAGUCCUUGCCAUUGGACUAUGGCUCCGAUUCGACUCUCAGACCAAGAGCAUCUUCGAGCAAGAAAACAAUAAAUCCAGCUUCUACACAGGAGUUUACAUUCUGAUUGGAGCCGGGGCCCUCAUGAUGUUGGUGGGUUUCCUAGGCUGCUGUGGGGCUGUGCAAGAGUCUCAGUGCAUGCUGGGAUUGUUCUUUGGCUUCCUCUUGGUGAUAUUUGCCAUUGAAAUUGCUGCCGCCAUCUGGGGCUAUUCUCACAAAGAUGAGGUGAUUAAAGACGUCCAGGAUUUUUACAAGGACAUGUACCAGAAGCUGAAAACCCUGAGCGAGCCCCAGCGGGAAUCCCUGAAGGCUAUCCACUAUGCAUUGAACUGUUGUGGCCUAGCUGGGGGUGUAGAACAGCUUAUCUCGGACAUCUGCCCCAAGAAAGAUAUUCUCGACACCAUCCAACUUAAGCCCUGCCCUGAGGCCAUUAAAGAUGUCUUCGACAACAAGUUCCACAUCAUUGGUGCAGUGGGCAUCGGCAUUGCUGUAGUCAUGGUAUUUGGCAUGAUCUUCAGUAUGAUUCUGUGCUGUGCAAUCCGCAGGACCCGUGAGAUGGUCUAGAGUCAGCCGAAAUCCCGAGCAGGAAAACUGACCCCUGAAGAUGGUUGGGUUGUUUUGGUUUUUUGCCACUAACAUUUAGUAUUCAUUUUGCAUUUCUAAAACAAAAGUUAUUCUGUGUUUGACUUUUUUUAAUGCUUUAUUCAAUGUUGACAUUUGUAGUAGAGGGAUUUGGGGGUUGAUUUGCUUUGGUUUAUAUAUUUUUUUUUGAUGGUUUAUUUUUGCUUGUUAUGUUAGCAGAAAUCCUGCAAUGAAAGGUACUAUAUUUGCCAGACUCUAGACAAAAGAUAUUGUACAUAAAGAGAACUUUUUUUUUGCCUUUAAAUAGAAAAAAUGUCUAUCAAAUUUAAUCAGGUUGUAACUUAUAUUGAAGACAAUUUGAUACAUAAUAAAAGAUUAUGACAAUA